GGCUCUAGCUUGGAGACGCUUCUAAUUCGAAACCAGAAGAAUCAAACGGAAGGCACAGGCAGACAAAAUCCAUAAUGGCUGCCAUCCACAAACUUCUGAUGUAUAUACUUCUACUUACCUCCUCAGCGAGUGGUGGGGGCUAUAUAGCCCCCCUUCUUGUUUUAUUCUCACUGAAUAUAUUAAAAGACCAUGCUCAUGACUGUUUUAUUAAUUUAUGUGCUUUUUUAUUUACGUGUACUGCAUGCUUUCAUAUAGCAUCAACGAUUGCAGUGAACCUCAUCGUAACACUUUUCCCUGCAAUUAGCUCAACCCUACUACGGGGUGCCCCUGCAAUAUGGCUUCAAUUGCUGCUGGGAGCGACCCCUGUGAAGGGUAAUAGAUGGGCUCUCAAACUAGCGCUUCGGUUGUUGCCUUCCUUGCUCAUUGUCGUGCUAGCAGGGCUUUAUAAAAUAGUUAAGAAACCUGUUCAAAUAGCAUCUCACCAGGACAAAGAACAAGGGGUAGUGGGAAAAAAACGUACGGGUUCACUUUUCACCUGCCGUCUGCUUUACGCUUUCUUGAUUUGCAGCUUUUUAGUCACUGCUGUUAUUCUACCCUCAUGUCUUACCGCCUCCUUGUUCGUAGUAAUGUCACUCCUGCUUAUCAAACCGACUUUUCCGGGGAUGUUGAUGUCGAAUCCUUAUCAACCGUUGACAGAACGCUACUUAAACAAUCGACUCUAUUAUAUGCAGUGCGUCCUAGCAGCUGUGGUGGUUGUCAUAGGCGUUGUUCAAAAUGAUGCGGUGUUUUGCUUGCUCCAGAAGUUUCUUAAGGGUGUUGACACCUCCUUCAUCGGUAUCUUUCAGGUUUUUUAUCCUGAAGGCGGUGUUGCUUGGCGGCACGCCAUCCAGCUUCUGGGUAUGGUAACUUGUGCAUGGUUAACAGAGGCUCUCGUGGCCGAAGGGCGUGGCUACACCUCUGCGGAGCUGGAAAGGUUACGCCAAAAUGCACCACACUCGGCAGCACCUGAAGCAACCCACAGCAAAUCUCCGCUGUCGUCAUCCCCCCUUCUGCGAUUUAAGCCUUUGGGGUGGCGUGCAGAACUGCUUACGGGGUGUAGUGCGUGUAAUAUGGCCUUUUUCCCCAGUAUUCCCUCCUUUAGUUAUGUUAUGAUCAGCUUCUUCGGCUCCCUGGGGUUGAGAUCAACCAUGGAUGACGCAGCCUCUUCGCACGUCUUUACCGCCCUGCGCGCGGCCGCGAUCUUCGCUGCCGUCGUGAUGAGCGCCAUGCAGCAUAUCCUCGAGGCGGCCAUCCGGUGCUCGAUGUUGCCCGUCAACCACUGGGGGGUUCAACUUUUUAUGAGCGAUGCCGAUAACCGCAUCUUGCCUGUGAUGCAGUUAGCCAUGAAUAUGGGGUUGUGGCUGUGGGUGUUGGUGCUUUCACGUGGGCCGACGGAACCCCCAGUCGGACCUCCCGCCGCGGCGUGUGAAGUGGAUAAGAUCCAGACCACCAAAGAAGCCAAAAAAGAGGAAAAAGUUGUAUCAGAUCCUGCUAAUUCAAAUACCUUCCCGGGAAACUCGUUCACGCCGUCUGCUCAACCGGUGAAAGGGCACCCGUCUUCAACAUGCGAAGGCGGUGAGCGUCUUUCUCAGGCUCGUCAUGGGAGCUUCAAAUCCUUCUGGAAUGCCGCUUUUCCCUCCAUCUCACGCGCGUUAACGAUUGGGAUCAUGCUUGGCCUUGCCGCGUAUUACAGCAUCCGACAGCAAUACCUCAACAUCCUGCAGGGCUUUCCUAUGGUUACGAUGAUCCUAACGCAGGCCUUUUUCCCGGGCUUUCUCGAUCGCCACCCUCGGAUUCUCAUGAACUGUGUGAACCUCAUGACUGUGGGGCUGUUACUUUUGCCGUUAAUUCCCGCCAUUUCGGAUCCGACGGCGUGCGUUCCGUUCACCACCCUGCGGCUUCAUCAGUUAGGGCUGCGCAGACUGCCUACACGUUGGGAUUAUCUGCCAACUAUCGCGGCGGGAAUGCUUCUGAAAACUCUUCUGCAGCCGACUCCUUCACGUGCGAGAGGGGCGGAUUCAACGUCGAUAUCGUGUUGUUUGCCAUCGCUUCUUUUCGCGAUGGGGAUCUCCGCCGGGAUGGGGCUUUGGGCGCCCCGAGGGGCCCUCCACGACCUCGCGUUGCUCCUCCACGUAGCGGUGGGAAUGGCCUUUGCAAUGCGGCGGAAGGAAGCCGCAGGGCGGGCGAUUCGAGGGGCUUCCAUCCUCGCCACGACGGCCUCGAUCGGGAUCACCCUCGCGGCGAUCCCACAGCUCUGGGAUGGGUUCGUUGAGGGAUUGUUGAGGAAGUUGCCCGGUUGCGAAACGACGGAGCUGGCGCGAAGCUGCGCUUGCGAGCUGCUUGGUUUCUCGACAUCUCUGAAUAAAGGAGAGGGCCUAAAGUUAGCGCUCGUAGUGUUGCAUUGGUAUGGGGUGUUGCUGCUUUUGCAGUUAAAAAUCGCCCCGGCGUGUGAACUGAUCAACGAAGAUGACGACGACGACGAUGGAGAGCUGUUGUUCGGCCUCUCCAAGCCGGACGAGGAGGGGCUUUUGCAGGAACCCCAACCACGGUUGGGGUGGGGGUUUUGGAGGAAUCUUCGCGAUCCUAAUCGUGGGUUGAGGGGGUUAUCCUUGCUCAGUGUAUGGCUAGGGCAGGCCAUGCUUGGGAUCGCGGUGCUACGACGCCCAAGCGUUCUGAGCAUAGGGUACGCCGUGUUUCUGAUGAUGGAUGGCCUCGCGUGCCCUGCGCUGCCGGUGUAUAUGGGAAUACACGCGAGCGUGUGGUUUGCUUAUCAACUGCGUUGGGUGCCACCAAUUACCACGACCAUACCGGAAUUCCUCACGCGCGGGCAGGAGGUUCGUUUGGAAACCUUUCUAGGACUUCGAAAGUAUCCGUGGAAUGACGGAUGGCAUUCGAUGGAGCGGGCGGAGACGCUCGUACCGUUGCUACUCCUCUCCUUCUGUGUGGUGCUGCAUCACGCGACGCAGCCUUUCCUCCCUUAUCGGUUUCUCCAUUUCUUCCUGGAUGGCUACUACACCCGGCGGUGGUGGGGGUUUCUCUCCAUUCACCUUCUACCGAGCAUCAGCUUCGAGCUUCUCGCGCUUUUUUUGUUGCUGGCGGUGCGUUACACGCUCUCCUCGGUGCUGGCGAUCGGCUUUGCGGGGGCGCUCGCGAUGGAGUGCAUGGUGGGCCGCGCAAAACUUGUCUGGCGGCCGUCUUGGAUGCGCGCGUUGCGGCUGCUGCUGACGGUUUAUUUUGCGUGGAUGACCAUAGUGCGACUUGGUCAGGUAAUACGACCCGAAUGGGAAACCCCGACGAGGGCGUCGUGGUCGGGGUGGAUUUGGACGAACUGCGGCACCCCGAAGGCGGCGUUGAGCUGUGGGGCGUGCUGGAUCGCCCUUUUGCAUUGCCGUCGCGCAAUGCCUAUAGUGGAGUAUCGGCUUAACCUCGACGCGAUGCAUCAUAAGGGGCAUGACAACCUCCUUGACUUCCUUAGUGGGCAGCAGGUGCCGGAUAUCCUUCAGCUCACGAGUGACGAGUUCGAGAAGGUCGUGCCGGACUUCCCUUACAAGGAAAGCUGCGCCUCGCGGUUGAUGGGGAUGUUUUUAUCCGCCUUCUCCACCCUCUACCCACCGCUGAUCUGCCUCUGCGCGCUCAUCGUCACCGCAUCCCCAUCCUUUCUAAGUCUUGCGGUGUCGGCAGGUAGCCUUCUGUAUGUGCACCACGCGGAGUCCUUGUAUUUGGCGAUCUUCAUUAGUUGGCGUAAGAUAGCACCGUUUAGCAGCAUCGUGCUGGUCGCUCCACUUCUGGGUAAUGUUGCCGGCGUUGGGAUGUGGCUAUCAAGGCACAUCCCUCGCUUGGCUCUCUUUCUCGGCCUUCUCCAAGGAACGCCCGGUUCGGCGGAGGAUCUCCAACCUGCAAGUUUUACGAUCGUGCACGUCGUGCUGCUCUCCUGCAUAAUCCUACAAACAAGGGUGUAUAAUGAAUAUCAGUAUGGCUGCGUGCUGAGGAAACUUUACUUUGCCGUAAAGGGUUACCCUGGGCCAUGCGAAAAGCCCCAAAGGCGCCUGAAUCAGACGGAAGCAGGCGAAAAUCUCCAAAAGAUGAUGCGUAACCCAAGGCCCUAUCAACCAACGAAAUGCGGUCGUGGAAACUGUGGAGUUCGCAACGGCUCGCCAAGGGUGCCACUAAACACCCUCUUCAAAUAA